AUGAACCAGGCCUUUUGGAAGACCUACAAGUCAAAGGUGCUGCAGACCCUGGGCGGAGAGUCUGGGGAAGAACUCUCAGAAGAGACAGAGAGGCCAGUGCUAGCAGAGCAGGAAGAUGUGCAGCUCACAGAGGAGGCUAGCAAUCCCAUGUCCCAGCUGGCCCGGAGGGUCCAAGGUGCUGGAGUGAAAGGCUGGAGGACAAUGUCGUCCUUGUUCAACAAAGAAGAUGAGGACAAGCUGCUGCCUUCAGAACCCUGUGCUGACCAUCCCCUGGCAGCACCGCCCCCCACGGAGGAUGCCCCCAAGGGGCCAGGCUUCUGGGAUGCCUUCGCCAGCAGAUGGCAGCAACAGCAUCACCAGCAGCCGCCACAGGAGGCCGAGGCUUCAGCAGAGGCCAUGCUCGGGGGCGAAGGGGCAGCCGAGCCAGAUCGGGAGGAUGGAGCCGAUGACCGCACCGAGCCUGACCCAGCCGCUGGCUUCAAGUGGGGUUUCCUAACCAACAAACUGGCUGAGAUGCGCAGCAAAGCCAUCCCCAAAGGAGAUUAG